AUGUUAGCGGGACAGGAGGUGAGAGAUAGACAUAGUGAAUCAAAAUACGGAGUGAUAAGUCAAUUCCCUGUAAUAGAUUCACCUGCAGAUCCACUUAAUUUAAAUAAUUUCAAUUCAGAACGUUCAUUUGAGCAUUUUGAAGUUGGUUAUUCAAAAUUUGGAUUAAAACGUUAUAAUAUUACAGUUGAACUAGCAGCCAGUAAAAGAACAGGUCUUCAUCGAUAUACUUUUCCUCCGACCAAAAAUAAUGUUAAAAUUAUUAUUGAUUUACCUCAUAAUCUUCAUGUGCUUACCUAUGCGGGAGGUUGGAAUCAAGGAGGUCCCUAUAUAGUUUAUUUCUGUUCUCAAUUUAAUGUUGAUGCUAUAGAAUUUGCGACCUGGACGAGCGAUAAUCCUUAUUAUCAAGGUCAAAUUUAUUUUGACGGAAACACAUAUUUUGGGAAAAUUAAUGGUGCUAUUUUAACAUUUAAUGCUACUAAAAAUCCGGUAAUCAAAUCAAGAGUUGGAAUUUCAUUUAUUUCGGCUGAUCAAGCUUGUUUAAAUGCUGAAAGUGAAAUACCGGAUUGGAAUUUUGAAAAGACUGUACAAGAAACUGUAAAUGCUUGGCAGACAGAAUUAGAAAAGAUAUAUGUUGAGGGAGCAACUGAUGAUUUUAAAACCAUUUUUUAUACUGUAGACAUUGUUAGAUCAUUAAUUGAUACAUAUCAAAAUGAAGGAUAUAUGCCUGAUGGAAGAAGUGGAUUGGAGAAUGGGAUUACACAAGGUGGAUCUAAUGGUGAUAUGGUCGUGAAUCUGUGGAAUCCCAAUAUAACUUUUAAUGGUAAAUAUGAUGAAUUGUUAUUUUAUGUAUUAAAUACAUUAAACUUAUUAGAUUUAAUGUUAUUAAUAAAAGGUGCAAAAGGAUUUAUGAUGCCAAGGUAUGAAAAUGGUACAUAUAAGAUAAUAGAUAUUUUAGGAGAAGAUGGUGUUCAUUAUGCAUUUUAUGAGGCUACUCCAUGGGAAUAUAGUUUAGAUAUACCUUUUGAUGUAAAAAGAUUAAUUGAAUUAACAGGAGGUCCAAAACUCUUUGAAGAACGACUUGACAAAACAUUUUCCAAUAAAACUUAUCUAAAUGGUUAUUAUAACAUAGGAAAUGAACCUGAUUUCUUUCAUGUUUGUUUAUAUCAUUUUAUUGGAAAGCAAUAUAAAAGUGUUGAGAUUAUUAGAGAUAUUUUAAAAACUAGGUUUGGAAGUGGGCAGGAUGGUGUGCCAGGAAAUGAUGAUUCAGGAGCAAUGGGAAGUUGGUUUGCUUUUAAUGCAAUCGGAUUAUAUCCACUCGAAACUCACGUAAAUCCAUAUAUUCAAAAUGUAAAGCUCAAUACUAAAAAUUGGAAAAAAACGUGGUUUAGACAUUCUGAUAUUGCAAAUGGUGCGAUUAUGGAAUUCGUAAUGGGUCCAGAGCCAAGUAAAGUUUGGGGUGUUAUUGGAGAAAAUGAUGAUAAAAUAGAUGUGGAAGAUAGAGUAGUGCCUCCUAGCAUGAGUAGUACUAAUAUUGAUGACUAA